AGCGCCUCUGAGCAUGGGCAGAGCGCCGGGCGACUAGCCCGUCCGCCAGGUGGAAGGGGGCUCCCAGGCGAGCCAAUACUUCUUCCCUUUUGAACCUCUCGCUUCUUAGGGGCGGGGGAUAAAAUCCGGCCAGUUGCCUCAAGGAUUGCAGGGACCCUGCCAGGUUGGCCCCUCCGUUGCAGGUGUGGCGGCGCCUCCCAGUACGCCACUUGCAGUCUCAGCUGCCAUGAUGCCUGCGGCAACAGUAAAGCCUGACACCAUGCCACUGUAUGACCCUUGCCUCCUUCAGGAACUGGACUGGAGUCAGAAUACUGUGACGUUUUCCCCUGCUAUUUCUCCUGUGGAACCGGGCAGUGGUUUAGUUUUGCGGCCACUUUGCAUUGCCGACAUCAACAAAGGCUUUUUAAAAGUUUUAGGUCAAUUGACUGAAACGGGAAGUGCCAGCCCUGAGCAAUUCAUCAAAACAUUCGAACACAUGAAGAGUUCUGGGGACUACUACGUUACAGUAGUGGAAGAUACUAUUCUAGGAGAGAUUGUGGCUACUGCAACUUUAGUCAUAGAACACAAGUUUACUCACUCGUGUGCAAAGAGGGGAAGAAUAGAAGACGUUGUUGUAAGCGGAGAAUGCAGAGGAAAACAACUUGGGAAAUUAUUGAUGUCAACUCUCACAUUGCUAAGUAAGAGACUGAAGUGCUACAAAAUCACUCUCGAAUGUCAGCCAAAAAAUGUUGCUUUCUAUGAAAAAUUUGGAUAUUCAGUAUCUGAAGAAAACUACAUGUAUCAAAGAUUCUUCAAUUAAAGAACUUCCAGCUGUAAUCUCAUGUAAUGGACUGUUGGUGGAGGACUGUCUCUUUUCUCUUUGUGGAAAACAAAUGGCUGCAAAUGAAAUUAACACCUCCAGAGAUGGGACAACAAAUGCAGUACAGCAGACUUUGAUUUAGGUUUCCUUGCUGACAGGAAACGUUUUAGAAGCCAUUUCCUACUGUUAAUGCUUUUUGCUAGCUGGGAUGUGAAAGAUUAUUGCCAGGUGGGGGGUGGAGGUUUUUAACCAAAGGCUAUAUUUUUACCUGAUUCCUUCCUUGCCUUGUAUUUUUCUAAGUCUUGUGCUGCUUUGCAUUGCCAAUUUAGUGGUGGUUAAUGAGGCAGGACUGACUUGCCAGGUUUUUAGUCAUGUGGGUAGGAGAAAUGUAAGGUCUGUACCAGGCUGUCACUGGUCUUGACAUUAGUACGCCUCAGAUCUUCAUGGGCACCAGAAGAGCCCUGAAAUGACUGAUUUGUCGAGCAGCGGCCUGCCUGAGUGGUUCUAUUAAUCCUCUAGCAGUCACAAUUGGUAAAAAUUAUUGCUUGUACAAUUUCUAAGAUAUUGUAUUCUUAUCUCUUGUAGCUGUGAAAAGACUGUGGGGCCAAGGGGCCCUCUUUUCCAGCAUGGGCUAUAUCACAUGUAUGCUUUGCAAAAGCAAUCUUCUGCCAUGCCAACCCACUCGGCAGAUGUUCCGGAUCCCAAAUCCACAUCUCAGAGGCUCCCCCAUGCUUUGGGGCUUUAGAUGAAGCAGCCUAGCACUUCUUGCCAUGAGCCGGCAAUAACGGUACAACUUUCCUCCCACCAUUUCAGCUUGAAAGGGGGCAGUCUUGGGCAUUACAAGCAAAUGAAGGGCACUGCAGAAAAUUUUUGUAGUCGAGUACAUAGCUUUAUAAAAUAUUACUGAGGGCUACCGUAAGCGGAUUUCAUGCAUUUUGUGGUACUCUAAAAACUUUAUUGGGGGGUGACUAAAGUUUAUUUAUUCAGUUUUUUUAAAAAGCACUGUUAAGACAUAAAUAAAUGGAGGCUGUUAAAAUCUUUUGAA